UUGAGUGAGUCGGACUGGGGUGACAUGUGUAUUUCAUGUUGUUUAUAAUUUUCAUAUUUUGUUAAUUUCGUUAAUUUGUUUAUUUGUUCAAUUUAGUGAUAUUUAAUUUUAACUGGUUUAUUAACUGUCGAACAAUGACUAUUAAUAAAGGAUCGCUUGGAGGAUUUAAGACUUUGUGGCUCCGUUACGAAGAAAACAGUUCAGAUCGAAAUCAAUUGUUCAUAAAAGCACAUACAGACAAAAAGUAUUCAAAAUAUCCUAAGGAUAGGACAUUAUUUGUAAUUAACAUACCUCCUUACGCAACUGAAGAGUCUGUCAACUGUGCAUUCAGCAAAAAAUGUGGACCAGUUGAAUCGGUACAAUUUGUCAAAAGUAACAAAUCAGAAAAAUGCACCUACGUUAUUUUCGAAAAAGAAUCAAGUUUAGAUAAAGCUUUAUCACUGUCUUCAAAUGUAGUUUUGACUUUGAGUUCUAAGGAAAAGCCUUUGAUCACUGGAUUAAACAAAUGGUGUAGGGAAUAUAACAAUUCGGUUUGCAAUGAAGGCGAGGCAAAAAAAUAUAUUCAACAAUUUAUGGAGAAUUAUGACGCAAAAGUUACUGAGCGUUUGAUAAAAGAAAAAUUAGACGAAGAGGGUGAUGCGGACGGUUGGGUGAAAGUGACUGGCCGUAAAAAGAGAGGAGAAUUCGCCCUCGCAAGAAAAGAAUCAACAAUUAAUAAAUUACAAGAAAAAUUAUCCACCGGCAAUCGAAAGAAGCAGUUAAAAAAUUUCUAUCCCUUCCAAAUUCGAGAAGCCAAACGACAAAAUUUGAUGGAACUACGAAAGAAAUUUGAUCUGGACAAAGAAAAAUUACAGCAAAUGAAACAAAAUCGAACGUUUAAACCCUUCUAAAUGGAGAAAUUAAUUUCUUGAAUUAUAUGACCAACACGAAAAGAAAAAACUUUCGUCGAGUACGUCUGAAGUGUCCAUUCGAUGAGAAAAUGUUGAUAGGACAAGGAUUGUAAAAGUGCCAAAAGUUCCUCUAUUAGAAAAGAAAAUCAAAAUUUAUUUCUAUUUUUCGAGGUGAGAGAAAAAUAUAUAAAAAUUAACUUA